AUGUUUGUACUAUCUUCGAAGCAGUUUGCCUCUUUGCUGUCUAUCGAAGCUGGUUUCCAGUACGAAUCUUUACUUGACCUGGGUGCCGGAGAUGGUAUGGUCACACAAAAAAUGGCCGUCUUCUUUCAUCACGUUUACGUGACUGAGGUGUCACGUCCAAUGUGUUGGCGCCUUCGUGAGCAUGGCUUCACUGUUUUGGACGCCGACACAUGGGAAUUGGAUCCGCCACCCAGUGAUGAUGGAUCCGACACCAAUCCCGUACCGAAACGUUUCGAUGUGAUCAGUUGUUUGAAUCUGUUGGAUCGUUGUGACGCCCCAUUGACCAUGCUUAAGCGAAUCGCCGGUGCACUCAAACCGCGAACGGGUCGACUGGUUCUGGGCAUUGUCUUGCCUUUGAAACAAUAUGUGGAAACUAAGCCGGACAAGUCUGCUAGUGAGAUUCUGGACUUGCCGGAUAGCGAAUCAUGGGAGGUGCAGUUGAACCAUCUCCUUUCCGAUGUGCUUCCAGCAGCUGGGUUUGAACUGGUCACCUGGACUCGAGUCCCGUAUCUGUGUGAGGGCGAUUUCACUCAAUCGUUUUACUAUCUGAACGAUUUGGUUCUCGUGUUCCGUGUGCGACACACACUGGUCAUACAAUCCGGUGUCGCUUCUCCUCCUCCCACUGAAUGA